AUGAGGUACAUUCAAUCCGCGGAAAUCUGCAAUCCGUCGGCCGAAACUGACCUUAAGAGGGAAAAAGAGGUCGUUGGACGAGAAAAAGAAAAGAAGCCCAAAGAGACUGAUAACGGAAACGACCCUCGGUACAAUAGUAACAGGAGGGAAAUAUACCUUGACAUCAAGGAAAAGUCAUUGCUGCCAAGUCCAACCCCGAUCAGGACCCCCGCGUCCAAAAGAGACAAGAGCCUCUGGUGUGAGUUCCACAAAGAGUGCGGACACACUACCGAGGACUGUCGAGAAUUGAAAAGGGCCUUGGACAAACUGGCCGACGAAGGAAAGUUGAACAAAUAUUUGAAGGGCUCCUCCUCUGACAAGAAGGAAGAUAACAAGGGAUCAGAUGUCCAUAGUGAUCACACCGAGGGAUAUGUUGGGGUGAUAGCAGGGGGUCUCGCAUCUGGUGGCCUAACCGGCAACGCCAGAAAAAGACACUUACACGCACUAACCCAUCAGAUCCUCGAUGUCGAAGCACCUUCCUCAAACCUCAAAUGUCCCACAAUAACAUUCCAAGAGGACCCCUCUCGAAUUAUCCAUAGUCCACAUGAUGAUCCCCUGGUUGUUGAGAUUAAGGUAGCCAACCGAACAGUUAAAAGAGUGUUGAUUGACAAUGGAAGCUCGGCUGACAUCCUAACUCUUGAAUGCCUCAAGAGGCUACGUUACAAGAAAAGUGACCUCGUCGACAUCAGCCAACCUCUCGUAGGAUUCGGUGGUCAAUCAGUAUACCCCGUCGGCAUGAUCAAGCUCCCUGUCCGUAUCGGAGAAAAAGGAAAAGGAAGAAGCCUUCCCAUAGAAUUCAUGGUCGUCGACACACCCUUGCCUUAA